AUGUCCGAACAUCAAACCUCCUACAUCUUCGUCGUGGGUGGGACAGGCGCCCAGGGCAUUCCCGUCAUCCGCGGCUUGGUCAAAGACAAGAAGUAUAAGGUCCGCGCCCUGACCCGGGACCUCAACUCGAGCCGGGCCAAGGAACUGCUCGCACUCGGAAAUGUCGAGUUGGUGGAAGGCACCUUUGCCAGUGAAGCCGACCUUCGCAAAGGAUUCCGCGGCUGCGACGGUGCAUUUGUCAACAUCGACGGAUUUAAUUGUGGGGAGAAAACCGAGAUUUACUGGGCGAUCCGCAGCUACGAGCUGGCUCUGGAGGAAGGAAUCAAGUUCUUCGUCUACGGCAACCUUGACUACGUAUACAAAAAGAGCGGCUAUGAUCCCAAAUUCCGGACCGGUCACUACGACGGAAAAGGCAGAGUUGGAGAAUGGAUUUUGGCCCAGAAUCAGGUCAAUCGAGAGAGGAUGGGGGCGGCGGUGUUCACAACUGGACCAUAUAUCGAAAUGUCAAUCGCAAGCGCGACCAUUUUCACACCCACUAUUGAGAAUGGGAUUGUGACGUGGCGAGUACCUCUGGGCGAAGGGGCAGUGGUUCACGUGUCUCUCGAUGACUGUGAGCACUAUGGUCGGUGGUUGUUUGAUAACACGGCUCGAUCAAAUGGACUGGACCUGGAAGUUGCGAUUGAUCAUGUUCCUUACGCUGACCUGGCUGCCGCAUUCCAGAGGGUUACCGGACAUCCUGCCCGAUAUAUCGAUACUGACCUGGAGACAUACUGGAAGACUGGAAAUGUCGCUGCCGCUGCGAAUACCGGGGGUGGAUAUAACUCGGAUCCCAAGGACCCUGCAUUUAUGACGUUCCAGCAGAAUUUCACAGGCUUCUUCAACAUGUGGAAGUAUUCCGGUGGCAAUAAGGGAGUGAUUCAGCGAGACUAUAAAAUCUUGGAUGAAAUCCAUCCCACCAGAAUUAAGAGUGCUGAAGAGUUCUUCCGGAGAGAGGACGCCCGCGGUAGAAGACUCGGACUGGGAAGUCUUUGGGAUCGUGUCCAGCCAAAGAACUUGAAGCCCAUUCUCAAGAUUGGGGAGGAUAGAAGGAGAGGCGCCCCGAGAGACAAUGCUCUCCCUCCACCUCCAAACGUUGGUCAAAAUGGCGAUCUGGAUGAUGCACAUAAGCAGAGCAUUCGACAAGUGCUUCAAUCCGAUAUCGGAAUCACGACCCUCCUUGCCAGAUUGAAACAAAGCAUAAGUUCGGCAAGAGAUUUCGCCGCCUUCCUGAAAGAACGAUCGAUCCUCGAGGAGAAACACGCCAAUGGACUCAAGCGUCUAGCUCAGAAUACGCACAGUUCAAUCAUGAGGCCUGACAGUCGACAAGGCACCUUUGCACAAGGUUAUCAAGAGAUUGCAAGGUCGCAUGAGCGAAUAGCGGACCACGGUACUGCCUUUUCAAACACCCUCUAUGGGAUGACCGACCAGCUACUUGACUUGGCCAAUAAUUCAGAAAGAGGCCGUAAGCAUUGGAAGCAAACAGGCCUCAAUGCUGAAAAGCGCGUACAAGAUGCGCAAAUCGCCAUGGAAAAAGCAAAGGCCAAAUACAAUUCCUUGUCAGAACAAUACGAGCGUGUGAGAACCGGUGAACGAGCUGGUGGAACAUUCGGCUUCAAGAAGUCGGGUGCGCAGGAAGAGGAGAACAUCCAUCGCAAGCUCGAAGCUGCCGAUGGGGACUACUCAUUCAAAGCUCAAGCCGCUCAAACCAUGCAACAAGAGCUGCUCAGUACUUUGAGACCACAGGCGGUGAAUGCUCUACAGGAGCUGAUCUUCGAGACCGAUGCCGGACUUACAGUACAUAUCCAGAAAUUCGCUGCACAAAGUGAAAAGCUUCUCCUGGGUUAUGGACUCAGCAUUACUCCACUCAAAGGCUCAAAUCCAUCCGGUGCACCUCCCACAAAGAGCCUGCGAGAAAUAGCCUCAAGCAUCAACAAUGACAAGGACUUUGCUGACCAUGUCCUGAGUCUCUCCAACAAAGUUCCACCAAAUCAGUACAUGCCAAACCAGGAUGGCGAUUCCCAGGGGCAAAAUUACCCAAAUCACAACAGACAGGUUUCCGGCGUCACAUCAUCUCAAGGUCCUUCGCAUGAUGAUGGUUAUGCAUAUCCCGGAUCUGGUCCUCAAUCACAGCAACAACCAGGAAUUCAAGGGCUUGGACAGAGCUCUACUGGACCAAGGCCAAAUUAUCCACCUCAACAACGUCAAGGCUCAAUGGAUAAUCCAUCAGUGCCUUCCACAGCUCAAAGUCAAGCGGGUUCCGGCGCUCCACAAUUGCCUCAGAUCGAGUCUAUCGGUGCUGAUCGGUUUGCUGGUCAAACUUCGGGUGUGAUCUCAGCACCAGUACCUGGCCAGAAUGACCCGAAUAAUCAAGCACCGUCUGGUUUCUCUCUUGACCCGAACAACGGACUCAUGAGUGGCAGCGGUCCAGGUCAAGGACUACCAGGUUCUUCUGGUGGGCCAGUAGGAGGCGGGGUUGUUGGAGUUGGAGUGCGGCCCCCAGGUGAGGUGCGACAACCUAGUGGUGAGUCGCAGCAAGCAGGACCUCGACCUACAGGUCCGCCACAGGGCGCUGGUCGCGGAGCAGCACCCGUUGGACGAGGAGCACCCACUGGAAGAGGCGCGCCAUUGGGGGCAGGAAGAGGGGCUUCACCAGGAAGCGGACCUGAGUAUACAGGACCUCCAGGUGCCGGCAGGGGGACUGCCAACCGUGGUGCCCCUGUGGGAGCUGGCCCGCGUGCAGGUGGUAUUGUAGGAGCUGGGCGUGGUGCUCCCGGAUCCGGACCUGACCCAUCACGAGGACUUUCGCAACCACCAUCCAACGGAGCCUUGCGGUCACAAACUGGGCCAGGUGCAGGUCCUACAGGUCCGGGCACAGGCGGACAAAGCGCGAGUAGGGGGCCAGCCACAUCGAAAGCUGCAUUGCCGCCUCUCAAGCCGGUCUUCGGAGUGUCUCUGGACGACUUGUUUCAGAGAGAAGGAUCGGCUGUUCCUACCAUCGUCUAUCAGUGCAUCCAAGCCGUUGAUUUGUAUGGACUAGAAACCGAAGGUGUCUACCGGACAUCAGGUUCCGCCCAUCACAUCAUGGAACUUCGACAACAAUUCGAUCAUGAUUCUGCACUUGUUGAUUUCCGCAACGCGUCCACCUUUCACGAUGAUAUUGCAUCGGUGACCACGCUGUUGAAACAUUUCCUACGAGAUUUGCCGGAACCCUUGCUCACAACCGACCAAUAUCACGGGUAUAUCCAAGCCGCUAAACUCGAAGAUGAUGUUGUGCGACGAGAUUCCAUCCAUGCUCUUGUAAAUGCUCUACCAGAUCCCAACUAUGCAACUCUGCGGGUUCUCGCCCUCCAUCUCCAUCGAGUUGCCCAACGCUGCGACAAGAACAAGAUGACCGUCAGUAAUCUGGCAAUCGUUUUUGCUCCGACAUUGAUGGGUCAGCAAGGCACCACGAACGGCCAGUCGAACGGCAUGAGUGCGGACAUUGCGGAUGCUGGCUGGCAGGCAAAGGUGGUGGAAACUAUAUUGACUAAUACUCUCCAGAUAUUUGAUGAUGACGAUUGA